AGAUGUUUCUUUCUCGCAAGCUUCUCCUCCCAUGGCGGCGCCCCAACCAGGGCGCCCAGGCUCUGGCCGGCCGCCUCCUGCGCUCCUCCUCAUCCCUCUCCGACCCCGACGACGAUCCACCGUUCACGCGGAUCCCUAAGCGCCUUCCUCGAGCGCCCUCGCCAUCGCCGCCGAAGCCUAAGGCUCUAGCGGGCAAGAUCAGACCCGACGAGCCUGACCACUCCGACCUUCCCUUCGACUUCCGGUACUCGUAUUCGGAGACGGACCCGGCGUGGAGGCCCAUCGGGUUCCGCGAGCCCACCCGGUUCUCGCCCUUCGGCCCCGGCCGUCUCGACCGGCCCUGGGACGGUGUCGCCGCGGCGCGAGGGGGUGGGGAUGGAGAAGGAGGUGAGAGGAGCAGGGAGGAGGUUCUUGGGGAACCGCUGUCGGAGGAGGAGGUGGCGGAGCUGGUGGAGAGGUACCGGCACAGCGACUGCUCACGGCAGAUCAAUUUGGGGAAAGGAGGUGUAACGCACAAUAUGCUUGAUGACAUUCACAACCACUGGAAACGUGCAGAAGCUGUGAGGAUCAAAUGUCUUGGAGUGCCAACACUUGACAUGGACAACAUAUGCUUCCAUCUCGAGGAUAAAACAGGUGGCAAAAUCAUAUACCGCAACAUAAACAUCCUCAUACUACAUCGUGGUCGGAACUAUGAUCCAAAACAGAGGCCUGCCAUACCAUUGAUGUUGUGGAAACCAUUAGCUCCGAUUUAUUCUAGGCUUGUGCAAAAUGUUGCUGAAGGGUUGACUUUCGAGGAAACAAAAGAAUUGAGGAACAGAGGAUUGAGUUCUCCACCGCUUACGAAACUGACUAGGAAUGGUGUCUAUGUUAAUGUUGUUGAUAAAGUGAGAGAGGCCUUUAAGACUGUGGAAGUUGUCAGACUAGAUUGCUCUCAUGUCGGUACUAGUGACUGCAAGAAAAUUGGUGUGAAGCUGAGGGAUUUGGUCCCCUGUGUUCCCAUAUUAUUUAAAGAUGAACAAAUUAUACUCUGGAGAGGGAAGGUUAAACAGGAGCAUUCUGCUUCAGAUCAAUGCAAUUCCAGACCACAAUGAUGGAUGCUACCAUCUGCCCGUACCUAUAGAAAUUGCUAGCACAAUCUGCUUUGCUGACUCCCCCCUAGAUGUGAUCUCUGAGAAUUAAAUGGGAACACUUUUCUGAUGAUGGGAAAUAUAAGGAACUGCAGCUAGAUCUGCAGCUAGAUCGGGUUGGCUGUCUACAUAUUCUUCGUGUUGUUUUGCUGCAAAAGAUGCAGUGUGGCACGAGACGAGGAUGGUACCCACGCCAGUUUGAGUGCAGAGCAAUGCAAUGCUUACAGUUUCCAUAUGCUGUAUCAUCUUCUCGUCAAGAAAGUGAUGUGCUACGAGCCUACGAUCACCGGUAGCUCCUGCUGUGGGAUCCGUAUCGUUAGUCUUCCAUCCUCUGGCCUGACUGUUUGUUCUAUUGCAUUUGUCUGUCUUGAUGGAAAUCGGCAUGUGACAAGUUGGGACUGGGACUAUGCCCUUUAGAACACAUAGUGUGUAAUCUGAGUCUCAACAAGGUGUUGUUGGGAUAUGUAGGGAUUAUAUCGUGGUAUCAAUUUGGGUUGGGGACAAGUUUGUUGAACGCUGAUGAGACAAACAUUUCAGUAUACUGAAUGAGAUAAUUCUGUUAUUUUAGAAAGAAAUUCAGUAUUUAUUGUUUGGCGGCUACCA